GAAGGUCACACUGGUUGCACGAUAACUUGUGCAUAAAGUAUCGAUAAGUUGUCUUAAGUACUUAUAGGUAUUUAAGCGUUUAUAAAUUAGUUCAUUUACCAUUUUUUUUGCGGGCAUGAGCGAUAUGGUGCCAUCGUUACCAUUUCCCAUGUAUCCAAAAAUGCAUGAGGAUCAGGCGCUGGCAUUUACGGCCAAAGAAGAUGAAGAGGAACGGCGUCACAUACAAAAAGUGCAGAAUGCCUUUCAGUACUACAGACGGUACGCCUACAUAAGGGUUAACAAAACGGAAGCUUACCUCAAUAGCUUGUCCUCAGAAGAUCAGCGCUUGCUUAGCAAAUAUCGUUCACACUUGGACAGCGUCCGCAACUGCAUUGAUUGCAAUCAAUCUGUGAUCCGUGAGAUAUUGCGCGAUCGCGUCCUCUAUCCAACAAGCGAUGGCGACACGGACGUGGAGCUGGAUGAGGCACCCGAGCAUGUGCGACACGGCGACAUGGAUCAAACUAAUUUUCUUGUUGAUGGUCAUGAUGAUGAUGAUGUUGUUGUUGCUGAUGAUGUUGAACCUCUCAAAAUUUUAAAGGCCCAAUCCACACUGAAGCUGAUCGCACGUGACUGGAGCGCCGAAUGUGCCAUAGAACGUGAACAGUCCUACAAGCCGAUCAUCGACAGCAUCGAGGAGUACUACAAGCCCAGCGAUUAUAAACUAAAUGAGAUUAAAAUCCUAGUGCCUGGUGCUGGACUGGGCAGGCUUACCUACGAGCUGGCCUGCCGUGGCUAUGCCUGUGAGGGCAACGAGUUCUCCUACUUCAUGCUGAUCGCAUCCAAUUUCGUGCUGAACCUGUGCGACUAUGAGAACAAGCAUGUGCUCUAUCCCUGGGUGCAUCAGUACGUCAACAAUAUGCGACGCGCCGAUCAGGUGGCCGCUGUGCGCUUCCCCGACGUCUGUCCGGUUAGGAAUCCGCCCAAGGGCAACAUCGAAAUGGCCGCCGGGGACUUUCUGGAGGUGUACAAAUCGCCGAAUGCCUACAAUUGUGUAGCAACAUGUUUCUUUAUUGAUUGCGCCAACAAUGUUAUCGAUUUUGUACGCACAAUUUACAAAAUUCUAGUGCCUGGCGGCAUUUGGGUUAAUUUGGGACCGCUGCUCUAUCACUACAGCGACAUCAAUGGCCAGAACAGCAUUGAGCCAACGUACGAGGAUCUGAUCAUCAUUAUGGAGAGCAUUGGAUUCGAUAUAUUGAGCUCGCGCAGCGGCAUACGCACCAAAUACGCACAGAAUCCACAAUCGAUGAAGCAAAGCGAAUAUCAGAGCCUGUUCUGGGUCUGUCGCAAGCCGACCAACGACUAUGUUAAGCCACAGCAGGCGACUGAGGAGAAGGAGCGCGACAACAAGGAGCCACCCGACCUCAUUGUGAACCAAAGUAACGACCAAGAUGUCGAUCUAGAGACUGAGGUGCAGCCGAAGCAAACGUGAUAUCUCACACAUGCACACACACAUCCGACCACGCCCACCGCGCCUGCUUAUAUAUAUAUAUGCAGAGAGAGAAGGAGAGAACUACACAAAAGUAGCACAAAUAAAAAUGAACGAAUUUCAAAUGCUGGACCAAAUAAAAAUCCUAAUUUUUAGAAGAAGCAACAGCUAAGCUUUAUCUAUAGAACUUUACUAUAUAUAGCUAUAGCCUGAAUCUCUAGUUCAUGCCAGCAGUCCGUGUAAACUGUACAAAUUUCAUUAAAAUGUAUUAUAAAUUAAUGUACUCCGUCUAAUACGUGAAGAUAUGGAA